AUGGACUUCACCACCAACCCCAACGCAUCACGACUAUCUCACGACUCCAAGCCCGCCUCCAAUUUCUUUGACGACAACGACUUCGCUAACGACUCACUGCUGGACAACCAAACCACGGUCAUGUCCCCCACCACCAGCGCCGCCGGCAUCUUCUCGCCGGAGGCCAAUUUUUUCGACAAUGACUUUGCCCCCGCAUACCUGGACCGGAGUGCAAAUGUAUCAACAAACCCCUUCUUCCAGGGCUCCACCAACAACCCCUACAUGCGCCACACCCAAGCACAACAGAUGCCCGGCAUCUACGACCAGCAACAACCCGUGUGGCCGCCCAUGGCCGAAGAGGACUCCCGGACGCCUGCAUCCAACAUGUUCGGCCAGGACUACGACUCGAAUUACCUCGCCGUCGGCUCGACCGAGCCCGCUGCCUACUCCGGCCUGCCCAUGAACGUUCGGCCCGCUUCCGUGUUCCAGCCGACGCCUUCCGGCAACCCGCCCUCGCCACACUCCAACAAGGAGUGGAUGGCCAUGGCCGCCCAGGAGAUGGAGUCGCGCCCCAUCAACAAGCGCAUGCGCCCCAACACCCCUCCCGCCCGCUCCUACUCUCCCUUCCCUCGCCGUGACGGCAUCCGCAAGAAGAACGCUCGCUUCGAGAUCCCGCCCGAGCGCAGCCUGCUCAACAUCGACCAGCUCAUUGCUCAGUCCACCAACGAGGAAGAGAUCAAGGAGCUGAAGCAGCAGAAGCGUCUCCUCCGCAACAGACAGGCCGCUCUCGACUCGCGGCAACGCAAGAAAAAGCACACCGAAGAGCUGGAAGAAGAGAAGAAGAUCUGGACCGAGCGUGUCGUGCAACUCGAGGACGAGCUGCAGAACAUGAGGUUGCAGGUCGAAGCCGCGAUGCACGAGAAGGAGCAGUGGCAGAGGCAGCAGCUCGAGGCUCAACAUGUCAUUGACACCCUGCAGUGGGAGAAGGAGGAGAUGGUGCGUACUCACACUCUCGAGACUGGCGAGCUUCGCAAGAAGGUCUCCAUCCUCACCGAGAAGCUCGAGAGCCAGAGCAGCCCGACCAUGUCUGCUGUGCCCAGCUCUACCUUCACCGACUUUGCCAACGACAUGGACAACCUCAACAUGGGCGGCAACGAGUGGGACAACUACAUCUACAACGACUUCUGCAUGGAAGAGGCCAAUGGCCAGCAGCAGCAACAGCAGCAGCAGCAGCAGCCGAUGGAGACGUCGCUCGUCCUCAACCGCAACAAGAAGGAUGCCAACGAGCCCGAGAAGCCCGUCGCUUCGGGCCUCCUGCUCAUGCUUCUCCUGUGCGGUGCCUUCGUCGCCAGCAACUCUGGCUCGUCGGCUCCGGCCAUUCCUCGCAUGCCCGAGGAUGUCCGCGCCGCCUCGGCCUCCGUUCUCGACAGCAUCUUCAAGGAUGCCGGUGUCGAGCCGUCGGCCCAGUCCGCGCACAACCUCCUCGUCAACCGCGUCGAGGCCCUGGAGCCUGCCCCGUCGGGCACUGCUUGGCCCAAGUCGACGCUUUCGGGCGCCGAGUUCGCGUCCAUCUCUCACAACACGGGCAACUCGCACUUUGAGCAGUUGCACGCUCAGCUGACUCAGCCUACCAAGGAACAGGAGGCUGAGCAGGUCUUCUCCAUCACGCCUGCGCAGUACAACAGCCUCACGUCUGCGGACUUUGGGCGCCGCGAUGAGGGAACUCCGCCCGCCACCCCCACCUCGCAGCACCGUCGCAAUCUUGCCGAGUCGCUUGCCGCCAUGCGCGAAGAACGCAAGGGCGAGACGGCGGCCGAGGUGUACACGCGCAGCCUGCUGUGGGACAACAUUCCCACCGAGGUCGUCCGCGAGUUCAAGCGCAUGGUCGAAGAGAGCAACCACCUUGCUGGCAGCAGCAGCCCUGGCAGCGUGAAGAGCGAGGCGGCCAACGUCUGA